AAAUGAUCAAAGCCCGCCUCAUGAUGAUCAAUAAGCCUGCUGUCAAGACAAUACAGAGCCCUGAUGGUGAUAUCAUUGACUGCGUAUUAACUCACAAACAACCUGCAUUUGAUCAUCCACUGCUGAGGGGUCAGAAACCACUGGAUGAUCACCCGGAAAUGCCGAAAGGGCAAAAUGGGGAGGAAGAAUUCGAAGAAUUUCAGGCGUGGAGGACGACAGGAGAAACGUGUCCAGAAGGAACAGUGCCAAUAAGAAGAACGAGGGAAGAAGAGAUGCUGAGGGCAAGUUCGGUUAGAAGGUUCGGAAGGAAAGGACCGAUUCGGAGCUUCCUCCGAACAGACACAACCUCCAACUUUCACGAGCAUGCAGUUGGAUAUGUAAAUGGAGAUCGAUAUUAUGGUGCGAAAGCGAGCAUGAACGUGUGGGCUCCUCAUGUGGCCAACACGCAAGAGUUUAGUUUGUCGCAGAUGUGGAUCAUCUCCGGUUCAUUUGGUGGCGAUCUCAACAGCAUUGAAGCUGGUUGGCAGAUUAGUCCAGAGAUAUAUGGGGACAAUCGUCCGAGGUUCUUUACAUACUGGACAAGUGAUGCAUAUAGAACAACAGGGUGCUAUAACCUUUUGUGCUCAGGCUUUGUUCAAACUAACAAUAGAAUAUCCAUUGGAGCUGCCAUCUCCCCAACGUCCUCUUAUGGUGGACGUCAAUAUGAUAUCAGCAUCUUAAUUUGGAAGGAACUAUCCAACAAUUUGGUGUACAGGAUCCGAAGCGUGGGGAUUGGUGGCUACAAUUUGGAUCAAGGAUAUUAGUAGGGUAUUGGCCUUCGAUGUUGUUUACACAUCUCAAGGGCGGUGGAAGCAUGAUACAAUUCGGAGGAGAAGUUGUGAACCGAAUGGCCGCCGGCCUUCACACAGCAACACAAAUGGGGAGCGGACACUUCUCGGGAGAGGGGUUCGGAAAAGCUUCUUACUUUCGAAACUUGCAAGUGGUGGAUUGGGAUAACUCUCUCGUUCCCUUGUCUAAUCUUAAAGUUACCGCUGACCAUCCCAAUUGCUAUGAUAUACGAGGAGGUUCUAAUCAUGCUUGGGGGAAUUACUUCUUUUAUGGGGGGCCCGGAAGAAAUUCUAGGUGUUCCUAGCUCAAAGUUAGUUAAAGCUAACAGUUUUUCAAGGCCAUUUGAUUUUAGCUAGGAUGUGUUUUUCGAUCUCUCUCGAUCGGUUUUCUCACACAACAAAAUAUAUAGCUAGCAAGUGAUCACAUAAGGCACGGUGAGCCCAAAAAGUGCAAAUAUAUGAGGGGAACUUUAAUUUUAAUUUGUGAAGUCUUACAUAGAUGGCUUACCUAUGAGUAAUUACAAGUAACAUUUGGCAUUCUGACCACGACUAAUUUUUUCUAUACCGGUGGCGUCACCGGACAUCCUACUAUGCAAAGGUGAAGGGUGAUGAUGUUCAAAAUUAAUGCUUAUGUGAGCCCAUCAUGUGGAUGGCUCCUAUUUUUUGAAGACAGGACGACUCCAUUAUCUUGAUGUAUAUAUGUUUUUCUCUAUUUCAAUAUUACAAAGUAUAAUUGAAGUGCGAUUAUCUUGUACUCUCAGCCUAAUAAUGGUUGAAAAAUCUGCGCAGGGGCUGGGAAGGUUUGGGGACUUCAGGGGCUGGGCAAGGGUUGGGAGACUAUAACCUGGGUGCGGGAUGAAGACUGGGUGGUGAGGGGCAGUGUUGGGAUGGUGGUGACCCGCGGUGGUAGCCGGCAGGUCAUUGUGGUCAGAGAUUCACAACUGUCGUUUUGUUGCCAGAAAAUUUUCCGACUGAGGUGUCACUGUGCGGAGUCACUUUGGCCGGUGGACAGUCACUGUGGCGGCGGGUCACUGUGAUGGCGAAGUCACUGUGAAUAGUAAUGUUAGGUCACAUUUCAGGAAAUUUGAAAAACAUGUCACAUUUUUGUCUUUUGUUUUUUCUAGUAAUAUCCAGGCCAAAAGGCCUUCCAUUUAUCCAUCAGCAAGCUCCCAGGACGCGAGGCCCAGUAGGCAGCCCAAUGUCGAUAAAAAGGCCAAACACUAGGGUUUCACCCGGGUUAGCCCACCAUUUCGAACCAACAUCUCAAUCCAUUCCAGCGUCGCACAUGAAGGCGACAAACCAGAAAUCAAACUGCUACAGUAACUGCUGCAUAGUCCCAAGCAGACAGAAGUGACUUGUCCCAGUUAACAACUAACGCGUGAUGUCGGUGGAGACCAGUCCGGUCAUCUCUUCCGGCGAAGCCCCUGCAGGAUAUCUGCCGCCAAAAUCUCCCGUCAGGGCCGUUUUUUAGCAAGUUGAAUAGGUUAUUUGGAACAUGGCCUAACAAAUUGGGGUCCCAAAUUUUUAUUAAUAUUAGUAUUACAAUAUAGUUAUAUUAUACUCCCCCAUUCUUCUUUAAAUGCAACAUUAGACUUUUCCCACUAUUCACAUGUUCUACUUUGACUCUAUUUUGUUUAUUAAUGUAUUAUAAAUUAAAUUUAUAAAAAAUAUUUGUAAAUUCAUCUCAUUCUAAAUUUUCAAAAUCUGAUUUUAUAAGUUUUUUUAACUAAUAAGGAAAUUAAUGAUCAAACCUGCGCGUUGGCAAACGUGAAAAGUCGAUCGUUGCAUUUUAAAAAGAACGGAUGAAGUAUAAUAUUUAUAUGUAGUUAUUUUAAAUCAUGUUUUUUCCUAUCGAACACUUGAACACGAAUAAUUUUGUUGAACUAUGUAAAUUAUGUGAGUUGUUAUUA